AUGAGACGGAACGAGACUCGGUUUCAGUUCCUAAUAAAUAUAUAUUUACAGAUAUUAGGUAGUAUGUGGCGGUCAGCGUCGUACAUGGUGCGCGUGGCUGCCGGCGUGGCGCUCGUGACGUCCCUGGCGCUCGCGAGGCGCGACUACCGCGACCCUGACAGACAGAACGCGGACAUCUCGCUGUGGAUAGAUGAGAGACAGGUGCGGAUGUUCAGCGGUAUAUCGAUGCAAGUUUUCGCGAUAGUCAACGGCAAUAUAUCGCCGUAUGUUCUGGAUCCUAAUUUCUCUCACAAGCUGCCAACGAUACCCUCGGAGGUGGGCUACGUAAACUUCACGUGGAGGUCCAAGAAGAGAUACUAUUACAACUUCGAUACAUUGACUUCAUCUGACCCUAAAGUAUUGAAACCUCCGCUCUUGUCCAUCAAAACACAGGGCCGGGUGCCUAAAACGUCUAAAGAGUUCAGUAUAUUUCUGCCUUGUAUGGGCAAUGUGAGUGGUGUGGCGACGUUUGAGAUAGGGUUAGUGAUUAAAAACGGUAGAGGCUACCCCUUGAAGGGGACGCCCUUGAGGUUGAACCUAAAGAAGGAAUGCGCACAGAGAGGUGUGUAUUUAGAAAGGACAGGACCGGAUCCGGAAUGCGAUAAAAAAUGCGCGAACCAGGGCUGGUGUAAUAGUGAGAAGAUCUGUCAAUGUCCCGAGGGGUACAUGGGACAACAUUGUAGGACCGCUCUAUGUUACCCGCAAUGUAUGAACGGGGGUAACUGUACCGCGCCCGGGGUCUGCUCCUGUCCCCCCGGCUACCAGGGACGGCAUUGCGAAGGAGGUAUAUGUUCACAGAAAUGUUUGAACGGCGGCAAAUGUAUUCAGAAAGACACAUGCGAAUGUCCCAAGGGAUACUACGGGUUACACUGCGAGUUCUCCAAAUGUGUGAUCCCUUGCCUUAAUGGAGGUCGUUGUAAGGGUGUGAACAAGUGCCGUUGUCCGGCCGGCCUGGGAGGAAAUCAUUGUGAGGUUGGGAGACGAGGAGGAGAGUGUGCUCGAGCCUGCAGACAUGGUGUAUGCCGAGCGGGAGUGUGCCGCUGUGAGCCUGGCUGGAGGGGACGGUACUGUCAUCGUAACUAUGGUGGGUCAAAGUUCAUAGAUACUACUAAUAUACAUUAA